UUUACCUGUCGCUUAUUGGUUAAAGUUGGGAGGGCGGGGCCGCGCAUGCGCAGAAGCGAAGCGGCGGCGGCGGUUUGUUGUGGCCGCCAUUUUCCGUGGGCAUUACUGGGAAAUCCCCGGGGCGCAGCCGCCGCCGCCACCCCCCGGCCCCGCUCCAGGCCCCCGCCGCCCCCUCCAGCUCCGCCGCCGAAGGUGGCGGCAGCACCGCAGGAUGCCCGGGACCGACCUGGCCGGGCUUUUUGUUCCGCUCUGAGCCCACCAUGUCGGGCCAGUCCGGCCAUGCUCCCUUCGCCAGCCUCCAGCCCAUGGCUGAGCCCCCCCAGAUCCUGCCGGAGCUGAACUUGCUGCAGCGCCGAAUCCCUCGGAAUUUUCGGGACGCGGGAAGCGCCCCGCUACGUAAACUCUCCGUCGAUCUCAUCAAAACCUACAAACACAUCAAUGAGGUUUAUUACGCCAAGAAGAAGCGUCGGGCGCAGCAGGGGCCCCCCGAAGACGCCGGCACCAAGAAGGAACGUCGUUUGUGUAACGAGGGUUACGACGACGACAACCACGAUUACAUCGUGCGCAGCGGCGAGCGUUGGUUGGACCGUUACGAGAUCGAUUCCCUCAUCGGCAAAGGCUCCUUCGGCCAGGUGGUAAAGGCUUACGACCACCAAGCCCAAGAGUGGGUGGCCAUUAAAAUCAUCAAAAACAAAAAAGCUUUUCUCAACCAAGCGCAGAUCGAGCUGCGUCUCCUCCAACUCAUGAACCAACAUCACACCGAGAUGAAAUAUUAUAUCGUUCACCUCAAACGUCACUUCAUGUUCCGCAACCACCUCUGCCUGGCUUUCGAGCUUCUCUCCUACAACCUCUACGAUCUCCUUCGCAACACCAAUUUCCGGGGCGUUUCGCUCAAUCUCACCCGGAAAUUCGCUCAGCAGCUCUGCGCCGCCCUCCUCUUCCUCGCCACCCCCGAGCUCAGCAUCAUCCACUGCGACCUCAAACCCGAGAACAUCCUCCUCUGCAACCCCAAACGAUCCGCCGUUAAAAUCGUCGAUUUUGGGAGUUCUUGUCAGCUCGGACAGAGGAUCUACCAGUACAUCCAGAGCCGCUUCUACCGCUCCCCCGAGGUGCUGCUGGGGCUCCCCUACGACCUGGCCAUCGACAUGUGGUCCCUGGGCUGCAUCCUGGUGGAGAUGCACACGGGAGAGCCCCUCUUCAGCGGCGCUAACGAGGCCGAUCAGAUGAACCGGAUCGUGGAGGUGCUGGGGCUGCCGCCCCCCCACAUGCUGGAUCAGGCCCCCAAAGCCCGAAAAUACUUCGAGAAGCUGCCAGAAGGGGGGUGGGCCCUCAAGAGGAACAAGGAGAGCAAGAAGGAAUACAAGGUGCCGGGGACACGACGACUCCACGAGGUGCUGGGGGUGGAAAGCGGUGGCCCGGGUGGACGUCGGGCAGGAGAACAAGGUCACGCGCCUUCCGACUACUUGAAGUUCAAGGACUUGGUCUUACGGAUGUUGGAUUAUGAACCUCGGAGUCGUAUCACCCCUUUCUACGCUCUUCAACAUAAUUUCUUCAAAAAAACCAACGAUGAAGGUACCAACACCAGCAACAGUACCUCCACCAGUCCAGCCAUGGAGCACAGUCACAGCACCAGCACCACCAGUUCCAUCUCCAGUUCAGGUGGCUCCAGUGGUUCCUCCAACGACAACCGCAGCUACCGCUACAGCAACCGCUACUACGGCAGCGCCGCCCCCCCGCACACCGACUACGAGAUGCAGAGUCCACAGGGUCCCCCAACGCAACCACCCCGACCUUGGGGGGACCCGGUUGUCCCGGCCACCGUCAACGACACCUUCACCCCUUUGGGACCCCCAAAACCCCCUCAGAUUCUACCAGGAGGAGGGGGUGGACCUUCUGCUGUCUUUCCACGCCCACCUCACCAUCAUCAUCACCACCACCACCACCAGCAGCAGCAGCAACCGCAUCAUCAACAACAGCCGCAUCAUCAACAACAACAGCCGCAUCAUCACCAAACGACGGUUCCCCCAAAUCCCGGGCUCCUCCCUUCCAACGAACGGAUGGAUUUUGGGGGUCCACCACCCCCUCCCCCACCUCCACCUCCACCCCCACCCCCCCCCCCCCCCCCCCCCCCCCCCCCUCCCCCCCCACCCCCACCCCCCCCACGUCAUCAACCGGACUGUCACCCUUUUAUCCAAUCAACAUUCCGGACUCGAGGGGGCGUAACGGGAAACGGCGGCGGCAUGAUGAUGAUGAUGACGCCGCCGCCGCCUAUGACGACGUCAACGACGUCAUCAGCGGGAGGGGGAGGGGGAGGAGGAGGACACCCCCUAGAAGGUCCCCACCCCCCUUACGGGGGUCCCCAUUUACGGGGACGCCCCGACCACGAGGACUCGGCGCUUUUGGGGGUCUGCGUCCCCCAAAGUACGGCCGCCAGCUCUUGACACCCCCACCCCCCCCCCCAAAAAAGAAGGCGCGUGGCCCCUCCCCCACCCCACCCCUCCCCCACCCCCCGGCGCUUUAUUAUUAUUAUUGUUAUUAAUAAUAAUUAUUAAUUAUU